UCAAUAUUUUUAUUUUAUUUUAGUUUCGGGGAAAACUUGGCCACGAUGAAUUCUAAAUGCCCCGUUCUUGGCCCCAAGUGUGAUUUGUGUGACUGCACAGGAAGACGAUGCAGUGAAAUGUUCCCAGGGUUGAAGGUGGAAUGGCCAGAGCUGAGAGGGGUGAGUGGAGUGGAAGCGAAGAUGAUCAUAGAGAGAGAAAACCCUAAAGUUGUCGCCUUUAUAUACCCAGAAGGACUGUUCUAUCUGCCCGAAGUCAUGUGCUGCAACCGUGUUCUUCUCUACGUCCCCGCCGACAACUGCCCUAACGGUCCCGUCAUCAACUCUCCCUUUGUCGGAUAGUCCCAUUCAUUACAGAUCCUCUGUUUCAUCUAGUGGAUUCUCUCCCUAGUUCUUUGUCUGCAAUCUGAAUUCAAGAAACUGUGUUUGAAGCUUUUUUUUUGGGUUAAUCUGUGUUUGAAGUUACCGCUUUGAUGGUUUUGUAAUGGGGAUUUAUGG